AUGGUUGAUCUUGAGAAAGAUGGGAAAGGCCAAGCUUCCUCUUUAGGGAUCGGGGGUGGAAGCGUUGUAGCUUCUUCCACCACCUUGCACGGAGAGAAUAACGAUGUCGACAAUGCCGGCUAUGCCAACAAUGAACACUCUUAUGACAGUGGCUGGACGGCGUGGUCCCAAGUCCUAGCCUCCUUUUUCCUCUUCUUUAACACAUGGGGAGUUGUCACCGCGUUUGGUGUAUUCCAAACGUACUAUGAACAUAACUUGCUUGACCACUUAUCACCCUCAACCAUUUCCUGGAUCGGUUCUACGCAAUCUUUCUUGUUGCUCUUCUUUGGAACCAUAACCGGCUCCCUAUUUGAUGCCGGUUAUACCAGACAACUCUUGAUGGUGGGCUGGGUCUUAAUCCCCCUGGGGCUUAUGAUGACAAGUAUAGCCAGUCAAUACUGGCAGAUAUUCCUCGCUCAAGCUAUUUGCAUGGGCCUCGGAUUCGGCAGCGUGUUUGUCCCCUGUGUUGCUGUUUUACCGCAGUACUUCAAGAAACGAAGAGCCAUCGCCAACGGGUUAGCUGCUACCGGUAGCGGAAUCGGCGGACUUGUCUAUCCCAUUGUAUUCCGACAGAUGCAGAAAAGUCUUGGGUUUCCAUGGGCCACACGAGUGCUAGGCUUUAUUGUCUUCGCCACUAUGUCCAUCUCCGUUUCCCUGUUGAAGAUGAGAUUCAAACCAGCCGAACGACGCAGCCUGGUCCAACUUUCGGCAUUCCGGGAUCCGGUAUACUCCCUUUUUUGUAUCUCUCAAUUCUGCGGUUUCCUAGGCCUAUACAACAUGAUGGUAUACAUUCAGCCCUAUGCCAUUGACGAAGGAAUAAUGGGCACCGAUCUGGCGUUUUACCUCCUCGCCAUACUUAACUCUGCUUCCACAUUUGGCCGGAUAAUUCCAAACUACUUUGUCGACUUCAUUGGCCCCUUUAAUGUCAUGAUACCUAUGGCAUUCUGUUCUGGAAUCAUAGCCCUUGGCUGGAUAGGGGUUCACACCACUGGUAGUAUCAUAGGCAUCGUGAUACUAUACGGCUUCUUCUCGGGUGCCUUUGUAUCCGUCCCUCCGGUAGUUCUAAUUAGCAUAACCCCUGAUCUACGAGAUUUCGGCACGCGCCUUGGAAUGGCGUUUGUGUUCAACUCUGUUGGUACCCUUGCUGGUACGCCUAUUGGAGGCGCUAUCAUCCAUGCAUCUGGGAAUCAGUAUCUGGGCGUACAGCUCCUGGCUGGAUCCUGUCUACUGAUGUCGGGGAUACUCCUUGUUAUUGCCAGUCAGAAGAAGACGGGCAUCAACGCCCUUGCAGGAUUUUGUCCGUAA